UAGCCAAGGCUGCAGCGCCUAGAGGCCGAGCGAGUGACAGCGGCUUCCUCGGGCGCCCACACCCGGGCAAUGCGAUUUCUGGAGCCCCUGGGGCGCAGGCUAGGCUCUCGCUCCUCGCGGGCGUCGGCUAAGCCUGAGAGGCCCGGAAGCCUCCGCGGCUCGAGGAGGAGAUAGGGAGGAGGGAAGCCAGGACAGUCACUCCGGUCAGCACAGAGAACCCCAGCAAACCCCGCCGCGGUCGAGAGCACUUGGUAUUUAGUUUGCGGCUGUCGGGCCGCGCGCCGACUGUCCUAACCCUCCCGAGCGGUGGGAAGUAGCGGCGUUGAGUUCGCCACCGCCGGAGGAGGCUGCACCAGCCCGGAGGAUGCUCAGGACCUCGCGGGAGUCUCUCCGGAUCAGAACUUUUUAGGCUGCCCGCCCCGAUCCCCGCAGUCUCCCGGCUUCGUACCCGCAGGUGGGGGCCAAGGGGUCGCCGCGGCGCAGAUCCCUUCCAGUCCCCACCCCCAGCUCGGCCGCCCGCCGCUUUGUUCCGGGCGCGCAGAGGGAAGGCGAGGCUGCGGCGGAUCAUGCCCAUGGUGUAGCCGCCAAGCGGAGGCAUGGCUGCCGGAAGGUUACUGCUCUACACUGGGCUAUCGCUAGCGCUCUGCGCCCUCGGCAUGCUGGCUGUGGCCAUCUGCUCCGACCACUGGUACGAGACGGACGCCCGGAAGCACAGGGACAGGUGCAAGGCCUUCAACACCCGCCGGGUCGACCCCGGCUUCAUUUACAACAACAACAACAACUUGCCUCUGCGCGCGAGCCGCUCGCGCCUGGACCGCUGGGAGGGCAAACUCCUCCGGGCCCGGAAUCGCCGGCAGCUGUUCGCCAUGAGCCCGGCGGACGAGUGCAGCCGGCAGUACAACUCCACCAACAUGGGCCUCUGGAGGAAGUGCCACCGGCAGGGCUUCGACCCGGAGAUCGCCGCCCUCAUCCGGAAAGGAGAAAUUGAGAGAUGCACGUACAUCAAGUACCACUACUCCUCAGCAACCAUCCCCAGGAACCUCACAUUCAACAUCACGAAGACCAUUCGUCAGGAUGAGUGGCAUGCCCUACACCUGCGCAGAAUGACAGCUGGCUUCAUGGGUAUGGCGGUGGCCAUCAUCCUCUUCGGCUGGAUCAUCGGUGUGCUGGGCUGCUGCUGGGACCGAGGCCUUAUGCAGUAUGUGGCAGGGCUUCUCUUCCUCAUGGGAGGAACCUUCUGCAUCAUCUCACUGUGCACCUGUGUGGCUGGGAUCAACUUUGAGUUAUCACGUUACCCACGCUACCUAUAUGGACUUCCAGAUGACAUCAGCCACGGCUAUGGAUGGUCCAUGUUCUGUGCAUGGGGGGGCCUGGGCCUCACACUAAUCUCGGGAUUCUUCUGUACCUUGGCCCCCUCUGUCCAACCUGUCCCGAGGACCAACUGCCCUAAAUCCAGACCAGAAAAUGGGACAGUGUGCUAAAAAAAAAACAAAACCAUACAUAUAUAUAUAUAAAUAUAUAUAUAAUAUACAUAUAUAAAAUGAAACUCAAUCAAGAUGAUGCCAGUGCCAAGGUAGAGUUGAGUUGGCUCAGGCACCUGCAUCUCAUCAGACUUUGUGUUGCCUCAUCUCCAAGAUGGGAAGGGUGUUCCCAUCCUGUGGCUCUCUCAUCAGUUCUUGACUUUGGCUUCAUGAUUUCUUCAAGACAGAGUGAAAGCCAUCACCACCUGCGGUAGCAUCUUGACCCCUGUCACUCAUAAGGAUGCGGUGGUGAACUGGAAGGGACAGAGGCAGUGGUCUGGAGCAACACAGAUACAGAGAAGAAAGUGCUACACUCUGGGCCAGCAGGAAAGGCCACCGCCACCCCAGCCAUCAUAUCAUGGGGAAACUCAGUCCCUCGAGCUCAUAGAAUGUAACCACAUCUUUGAGGCCAUUUUCAGAACCACUUCUCUGCUCCUCCUGUUCUGAGCUCCUUCCCAGCCCACCAGCGACACACCAAGAGUGGGAGAGAAAACAGACUGAGAAGGAAGUUUUCUCUUUGUGGCCAAACCGUCGGACAAUGUCUUAGAGGUGGGAAGGGGAGAGAACAUGCUGAGAGGCAAGAUCAGCAUCAACAAAAGGACAUUUCAGUGGAUGCUCGGAAAACCCAGUCUUACCUUCCAGCUGCCUUACACCCAGUUAAACGAGAGGCCACCUUGUCCUCCCCUGCCUGCGCUCUCUGGGCAGAUGGAGCCUUCGAGCAAUGCUGUGAUAUGUGUGUGAGUGUGUGUGUGCGUGCGUGUGUGCGUGUGUGCGUGUGUGCAUAGGUUUUGGGUGGUUACCUUUUUCUUUUCCACUCUUUGAAUGGAAAUAUCAUCUUAUUCUGUUCUCUCUCUCUCUCUCUCUCUCUCUCUCUCUCUCUCUCUCUCUCUCUCUCUCUCUCUCAUUACUAUUGUUUUUGACCCAUUAUGGAGGCCUCGAGAUCUGGGAAUUAUCUUGAAGGGCAGGCCUUCAUGGGUGCCAGUGCAGCAACUGCAGAUCCCUGGAGAGAGACAAAAGUGUGUGUGUGUGUGUGUGUGUGUGUGUGUGUGUGUGUGUGUGUGUGCAUGUGUGUGUGUGCGUGUGCCUGCCCAUGCACAUGUGUAUAUGUAUGCACAUGUGGUGGAUAUUUCCUGAGUGUGGGGUUUUAGUAUUUGUGUUGCACUUUUUUUUUUAUUAUUUCUGGUACAGCUGAAAUUCCCAGAGGGCAAAACCACUGGGCCAGAGAACCCUGGGGUACUUCACAGCAUGGUUCUGGAACUCCGCAAGAUUUAGUCCACUAAUUUUGGAAGUUCAAGACACAGCUGGGCACAAAAGUCCUAAGAGAAGAGGGGGAACAUGUAGCUCAGGAGAGAGAAGGAAUAUUGCCUCUGGUUGCUGAUGUACAAGAACAUAUACCAAACAAGACCGUCACUCCCCAUUGUGGGGGCUGUCCUUUGUCACUGGACAUCUGCUCCUUUUCUAGGGGUGAGCCCUGUACAGAUGAAAGGAAAUGGGUCACAUGCAGAGAGAGCACCUCCAUGUCCCAUGGGCUCCAGUUUGUAUGAUAUUAUGUAAAUCAAUGGAGAACUCCUGACUCUUUCAUUUCUUAUCCCUUUCCUCUUGAUCUUCAAGACCAUGAAUCCCAAAAUAGCUAUCUCUCUUAGUGCUAGCGCCCAGACUGAGGUGGGACAAGGCCAUCCGGGUAUCUCAGGCUUGCUUGAGCAGAUUGGCACUGGGUGCUGGCAAGGGAAGAAGUCAGGCAGAGCUGUGAAUGCCACAUGGCAGGAGCAGCUCAUGGUUACCUUGGGGACCCUGCUGGUGCCAACUGUCCCUGGGGAGGCAAGGAGAGAAUCCUGAGCUGGCGCAGCCAUGGUCAGCCAUGCAGAAGGGGAGCUCAGCUGCUGCAGAACAGAUCUGCUUUGGGAACUUUGCCAACCACUCAGCAGCCUUCCUCCCCUAAGUGCUCCACUGUAGCUCCCUGUUCUCAGCCUCUGUUCCUACCAGACUGCUCACCUACUAACAGUUUCCCUGUCCUUCCUCCAUCCAAUAGGCUGUAGGGCCUGGUCGUCUCAUCAGCUCUCUCUCUCUCUCUCUCUCUCUCUCUCUCUCUCUCUCUCUCUCUCUCUCUCUCGUGUGUGUGUGUGUGUGUGUGUGUGUGUGUGUGUGUGUGUGUGUGUACGUACAUGUAUCUAUCAGGGUGUGAUAUCCAAUGGGCUUCAAUGUGGGUAACUCUUUGAGUGUGUCUCUCUGGUGCAGUGUGUGUGUGUGUAUACCUAUAUAGAAGUAUGGAUGCAUUUCUCAAGACUCCCUCAUCAGGGCCCUGGUCAGAUCCUACAGAAGGUCUUACAUGUGAGUAGUCCGCGUGCAGGAGUGCCAGGUGAACAGGGGGAAGCUGGGUGUCAGGGAAUGCUACUGGCUUCCAACCGAGAUUCUAAGGGUUGUUCUUAAGAUAAGCAGUGUAUUCUAUGAUAGGGGAAAUAAUUUUCAGAAAAAAAAUCAGUUUUUUUAAUUGAGAAUUUCCUUUUUCUUUUCCUUUGAAAAGCUAGAUUUUUCUCUUGAGGUGAAGGACAUACUUGGGAUUGGAAAAUGAAAGUACCUCAGAUUGAGAGGAUUUUUGUCUUCCUCCAGGGUAUCUUGGCCUGAGCAGGGACAAGUUGGUGUCCAUGAACAUCUACUUGGGGGCACAGAACUUGUCUGUGAUGGAAUAUUAAUUCCAGUUGUUUUCCAGUUGCAAAGAGAUGGAGGAAGCUAAGCUAAAUGGGACAAUUUGCUAUCGACUAAACUUUUCUUAAGUAAACUUGUUUGAACAUACAAGCUCACAGACCUCCCAUUUAUGCCCUGUUCUUUUUUUUAAUUCAUAUUCAUCAUAAACAGAUCAUCUGCUCUAUCCAAUUGCCCAACUCUAUGACAAACUUUUAAUAAAACUUACUGGCUUCCUUUGAAACAUGAGCAUUCCUGAAAUAUUAGAUGGACUCCCAGGAAGAAGAUAGAUUCUCUGGCUCAGUUUAUUCAACACACCAUUAGUAGAGCAGGACCUUAAAGUAACCUUCUCGCUCUAUCAACCAGACAGGUGCAGGUACACACAUCCUGGGGUCUGUACUGCUUAGCAACAAAAACAAGCUCCGACACCUGAUCAGGACAGAAGUCUCCACAAUGAUAGCUGAUAGAUAGCAAUCUCUGUCCGGGUGACCUGAUCCUUCCAUCACAGGGGAUGGACCACUGGUUAAAGGGAGCCCCUCUCAGGCAGUUUCUGGAGCUUUCUGGCUGUGAGGUGGCUAGGGAAUGAGUACAAGAGAGAGCAUAGAAGGAGCCUUGGUUUGUGAAGCACUCUAGUUCAGACUCCACUAACUCUAAAUCAUACACUCCAACCUUCUGAGGGGACUGAGAGCCAGUGACCUCUGCAAGACCCCCAGUUCCUACCCAGGUCAAGUUCAAAUUCUUUUAGCUGUGUGUCUACAAGGAACAUGACUGCACAUGCUGUGGGCUCUGUGCAAAUGAGCAGUGUGAGAGCAGUUUCAACGUUCACUUCCCUUGAUCUCUCCUAGACUGGAGAUUUGGGAACACUGGGGGUCUAGCUGCGAGUAAGUACAAUUUCUUUUCCUCGUUUGGAAGUUAUGGCUCUUUUUCUGCUUUCUUCUGCCUACGGCUUUCCUUAUGAUCAGUUUGUGACAGUCGCCUUCUGAAGGAGGAGAGGGACUUCAAGCACCCCUCUCCUUGUUCACCAUGGCCCAAGGUCUCACAAGGAUGUGUGUGGCUCACUGACAUCAAAAUAUAAGAAAGAAAAUGUCUGUUUCAGCUUCAGUCACCUGAACAGUCUUUCAGCAGUCCUCUUUGUCACCUCUAGAAAUCCUGAAAGCAUAAUUAGACAGCUCCACCAGAUCAAAGAUCUUUGGCCUCAGGUCCCUGAGUGGUGCCCUGGGCCCUGGCACUGUGCUGGUAUAUUUUCCCUCUGUCCAGGGUUCUAUCCAAGUAUGUCACUUUUCCACCAUAGGAGAGGGUACCCUGAGACUUUACAUCUCCUUGGUCAUCCAUAUACAUAGUAAGAGACCUAACAGGAAAAGGUCGCAUGUGUCUUCCUGACUUCAGGAAGAUGUGCCAUUUAGGUCUCCAGUGCUGCCCACCUAAUAAAAUUCGGAAUAAUGAAGUUAAACUCAUGGCUCAGAACAUUUGGCUUCAACUGUCUUAGUCUGGGAACAUCCAUCCACUGACUUUCAAUCAUGUAGUGGAAGAAGUGGGGAUAGACCCAGACACCCUCUGUCUUUGUUUAUGUGGACUAUUGGUUGCUUCUCCUAGUUCAAGGGAAUCUUCUUUUCUGAACAUGUCUCUGCUGCGCCUGGGCUGAGUUGCCCCAGCGAGCACAUCUAUCCCUCCCCAGGGAAAAAGGAUAAGUCAGAAGAACUGAUAACACACAUAGUAACAGGGAAGCACAUCUCAGCUGGACCAGCCUUGGUGCUGUCUUCCGGCUCAUGGAGACAGAGGAAAGGGACAGGUUUUUCUUUCAUGCAAGUCCAGCAGAGCAGAUGCUUACAGAUGAUGCCUCUCGGAGUGUUGACUUCUAAGAUUAUGUUUACCAUCUUUCCAUUGAUGUUUCUAUGCCACAAAACAUUUCUUUGACAUUGUUCCUAGUCCUUAGACUGGGUUGUUACUAGCUAUUGAGCUUUCCCCCCUGAGGAAUACAUGCUCAUUAUAGAAAACUAGAAAAAAAAAAAGCAUGCAAAAGACUGAGAGACCAAUCAUAAUCCCAUCAUUCUGAGGCCUCUACAGUGGGCCCAGUCAUAAUGGUCAGCACCUCAGAACCUCUGCAGUGAGUGGUUGUCAUUGGGGGAGAUAAAUGGGGCCAGGAGGACAUGGCAUGGCCACCGAACUGGCAUCAGUAAUUCUGUGUUCUUGGCAGCAACAACACAAGCCCCAAGGACAGCAAGGAGGUCUUUGAAAACUCAUGCCAGAGCUAAAGGUUACUAUUUAGGGAUUCUCUCUCUCUCUCUCUCUCUCUCUCCUACUAUUCUUUUUUCCAGGUGCCAUCUCAAUCUAAUCAUGGGUAUAAAUUCACUAAUUAAGCUACACUUGUAUAAUGCAGCCCUGACUGUACAUUUCAUUCUGCUCUGUACUGAUACGAUUUGUGACUCUGGGCACUGUGUCUUCUCCAUACUUGAACAUCCUCAUCUACAAAAUGAGGAUGGUGAUAACGUUUUACCUCAUGGUAUAUUAACGGUGACAAAGAAGCUGCAAAGCGAUUUGCAAACAUGAAAUGUCUAUGAAUUAUGCACUGUUCAAAUUACCCGUUAUCGGCAGCGUAGCCACUAAAAUGGAAUGGUUCCAUCCAGGCUCUGCCAAGUGCUAUAAUGUGGAGGGGGGGGGGGCAUCUUGGUUGCUGACUAGAGUGUAGCUGUCCAACUGGAGCACAUGGGGUUCACUCCUCCCUUCAAACCCUCUGGAGGAAUUGCCUCCUUCAUAUUCUUCACCCAUUGCCAGACUCACUUCCUUUUCUCCAAGGCCAGUUUAGCAAAGUGCACGCUCAUUCCUGUUAUUACCAGAAGUGAUGGAGCGAAGAGACCAUGUGGAAGCUAAGAGCAUACAUAGAUGGCUGUAGCAGUUCACCUCUAAAGCAGGUGUGGAGUUAAUGCUGUUUGUUUGUUUGUUUGUUUGUUUGAACAGUUCUAGUAUCAUUCCUAGCUGUACAUGUUCAUGUUGGGGAAAAGUCAAAUUCUUAAAGCUUUUAAAGUUCCCUCAUGUUUAGAGUGAGGAUAGAGUGAGAGCCCGCUUCCUCUUGUCAGGCUGCAACGCUAAUAACUUCUGAGUUCUGAUAGGAGGUCCUCUGAAUGGUAUAUCCAGUUGGGAUAUUGCCCAGUAUGAUCUUGCUUGGAUCCUGGAUUCUAAAGGGGAAAAGAACAGAUUCCCCAAAAGAAUCCCCAUGCUUUUCUUCUUCCCUACGUGCACCGAGACUUUCUACCAGAGAAUAACAAGUCCUUGCUCUCUGUAUGACUAGAGCCCGGCCAAAAGUAAGGGUAAUGGUAUGCCUGCAAGGGUGGCUUGUUCAGGGCCAAGAAACAGAAACUGGGUCCCAGUCUAGGCAUCACCCAGCUGCAGCUCAGCCUGGCAUCUCCCUGACACAUGCCAGCCUACUACUCUUCAUGCCUAAGGCCUGUUGUGACUCCCCAGGGAAACAACCCUGUGUCCCCCAUUUUUCUCCCCUGGGCCCCAAGCUUUUUCUUUCCUCUCUGGGUGGCCCAUAGGCCCCUUCUCAUUUGUAUGUACUGGUAUGUCUGCAUUAUGAGUGUGCCGAUGCCUUCACACAGAGAUUUCACAGAACCACUCUUGUGCCCCUUCCCUGCCCCAUCCCACUGCCCACGGUGUGACUGUUUUGCUAUUCAAGACUAUCUGUAAAAAUGUACAAAUAAAAGUGAAAGCUGGAAAUAAAGGGGAGGGGUAUUGCAACUACUCAAAUGCUGAAUAGAGCCCUCAGUUUUCUGAGGGCUUGUGAGGACUGCCCUAGAAUCCUGACUCUGGUGGCACUUGAAGGGAGGGAUACCUGUCACAGGAGAGUGUUCUGGUUGUUUCCCUGGUGGUUGCUCAUGCUUGCUUAGUACUCUCUGUUCUGAAGACGUUUGCCUUUAAAGUUAAGUCACUCUCCCCCUAAAUAAAAGCAUUAUCAUCAAAGUUAGAAGAGUGAAGGUCAUAGCCGACAUCAACCCAAAGACCUGACCUGGGGUGACAUUAGGGACUUUGUUAAUAGAGCACCUGGAACCUUGGGUGAAUCUUGUGACCUCACCAUGUAUCCAUGUCCUCUCAGUCUCACAGGGAGCAGGGUGACAUUGGGGACUCAUGGGACACCAGGUCUCCCCCGUCCAUUCUGCUGCUGUUUGUACCCUUGCUGGCUGUUGCAGGCUGACCGAGCUGAGGCAAAUCAGGAGGCAAAUGCUUUCUCCCUGUUGCUCUUGGCCCAAGCUGAUAUCCCUCGCAAAGUCACCUCAAGCCAGCAGCCAGUUAGUGUGCAGAGUCCAAAGCCUUUUAUCUACCUGUUCAGUCCCAGAUGCCUUGUCCAACCCACUUUGAUGAUCUCGUCUUGCUCUCUCUGCUGAUAGAGCAUUGCCUCGUAGGACUGGGGCGGGAGAAAGAGCAUGAAAGGACAUGGUGCGAGUGAAUUGCUUUACCAACUGUGGCUUGCUCUACAAAUGCAGCUUACUGUGAGAAGACGCAGACCCUGGCCAGGGGACAUUAUGAAAUGGGAAGGAAAAAAAAAAAUAAAGGCGGUUCUGGGGCUGGGGUGGAGGCUGUGGGUAGAAGAUGUGCUGAGAUCGACUUAGAGGUUAAUGAAAACUUUGGGAUGAAGAAAUUUCUGUGCUUCCAAAAUCCCCUCAGCAGAGUGACAGAGAAAUAUCCCCAAGGCAGUAAUCCUGGAGUCGGAGGGAUUAGGAUAGCACAGGGUAUGGAUAAUCAAUCCUGGAGUGCAAGCAGCUGCCAGAGAAGGGUAGUUUUCUCAGAGAGAUGCACAGCUUCGGCCUGUGCCAGCACCCCCUCCACUCAUGACUAUAGACACCUUCAGUCUACAACUUCCCUGUCCCUGAUGGACCUUGGUGACCCUCCUUGAGACUUGUACAAGGAAGGUGAUUUAGACCACUGCUGUCCAAUAAAAUUUGAUGCGAGAUAUGUAUGCAAUUUGAAAUAUCCCACUAGCUGCAUUUUAAAGCACCAACCAAACAGGUGAAAUUAAUUUCCAUACUAUAUUUUAACCCAGCAUAUGAAAAAUAUUAGCACUUCAACAUGGGAUCAAUAUAAAAGUUACUGGCAUGUUUUAUGUUCUGGUUAUUUCAAAUGAAAUCUAAAUCUAAGGUGAAUUUGACCCCGAGAAAGCAUCUCCAACUGGCUCAACCACAUUUUUAGUGCUCAAAAGCUGCAUCAGGCUUCUGGUACCCGUCUAGGAGAAGCCAGCCUUAGGUCUGUUCAGAGACUGAGCAGGAUGCCCUUGCCAUGUCACUCACUGUUGCAGAUUUCAUUAUGGGGAACAAAGGCAAAGGCAGCAUUUGCUGAGUAGGAAGCAGAGCUAGCUCCACCAUGCUGUCUCACCUCUGGAAGUUCUACUUUGCCUGCUUAGUAAGGGGAGAGAGCUGCUGUGAACCAGCCACAUGUUAUAUCUGCCGCAAGAGUCAUUAGUGCUAUCCCUGGACAUGGCCUUGAUGACCUGUCAAAACCCUAAGGGGAAAGCAGGCCGUGUGCCCUUCGGCUGUAGGAGCAUCAGCCACCACCCAUUCUACCCAUAGAGAUGUCUUUUAUCUCAUAAUAAGGGAUAGACAGGCCUCCCCAUUGUUAAGAAUACACAUCUCUCCCACUUCUUAACAUCUGGUGGAGUCUCCUGCUAAGAACAUCUCACUGAUAUUUGGAGCUGUUUAAUCCAUCCUCCAAUUUCUUUGAUUUUUUUUAAUCUUGAAUGCUGAAUGGAGAUAUGGGAGAAGAGCAGCAGGCAGACUGUAUCUCCUAGGAGGUGGCAGAGACAAGUUCUGUCCUUACACUAGGACUCAGGCCACCAUUUCCUACCUCUCCUUUCUGCUUAGAGAUCUUCCUUAGGUCUAAAUAAGCCUCAUUUGUGUGGGAAAUAGACAGGUAGUGAGAUCUUAGGGCAUAGAACAGAGUAAAUAUAAGCAAGCCUCUGGGCAUUUUCUAGUCAUUUCAAAGAGCCGGUAUGAUAAGGCUUGGUUCACUUAAAAUCUAUCAUUCUGGGCCCCAUGCUGCCGAGCAGGGGAAAGGGAGCUGAUUUGGUGAGUAUGUUUUAUAUGUGGUCAUUAGACAGGGACCAUCGCCGGCAAACCUCUCAAACACCUGGAGUGUUUAUGGUCCGACAGAUUAUUGCUCAGUCAAUAUAAAUUUAUUUACCUUCACUCUAAUUUGCAUAGUGCUUUCUGAUUGGUUAGACACGGUGUGGUGUAUACUGCAGGAUUCUAACAACGACUCUCCCCUUGGAGGUAGCAAUUCCUGUGGUUAUUGGUGCUAAAAAUAAGAUUAAAUAUUAUGUUAAUUUGUUCUGAUAUGAUGUGAAUAAAUGUAUUGUUUAAUCUUAACAAGAAUGCUACAUCUUAUCAGAUCUAUUGUACUGUCUGUUUCUUCUCAUAAUUAAUUAAUUACAGGAAAGGUGAUCCAAACCAGAUCUCAAAACUCUUGUGAUAUUCUAAGAGGAACUUAACAGGGAAGUGGGAGGGGGGGAAUGAAAAGGAAAAUUACCAGGUUCCUGUGACUUUGAAAGGACUGAGGAAGCAGAGAGCGUUUGGGGACUUCACUGAAACUGACUGCAUCUUGCAAUUUUCUUUUUCAAAUUGGCAGAAAUAUUGUUAUUUCCAUCGAUUGAAGAAAAAAAGUGUCUGGUAAUUAAUUAAAUGACUUGUUAAUGGAAAAAAUAAAAAUAAAUAACCUGUCAGUUGUGGAAUGUAAACUGAUUAAACAAUUAAAUAAAGAAGACCAUGUUGUGUGUUUUAAGAA